UCACCCACAGGUGACGCAAACCGUUCUUCCUCCCGCCUGACAGUGAGGUCGCCGAAACACCACGCCGCCAGAGCACCAGCUUCCUCUUCCUUCAAAGAAAAUCUCUAUUCUUCGAUGUUCAUAUCCAAUCCUUCCCUUGAGAUCCUUAAUUUUCUUUCCUUGAUUUUUUAAAUGAUUUUCAUGUCAAUUCGAUUAGGCCUAGCUUCUUCUGUUGCGAUCGAUCCAAUCCUAGUGGCGAAUCGCUAAUUACGGCCGAAAACUGGGUGCGAAUCAGUCGCGGUCUCACCCCCAACCCGGCGUGGGACUUUGGUUCUUUAUCCGCUCCAACAAUGCCCCUCGCACCCAUACCCUUCACUACCUAGAACAACACCACCAACAAUCCGUGACCCGUCACGCACUCGAUCAAUCCCGCCCUCCAAUGGAACCUUCUAGUAAUCCUUCUUCUUCUUCUUCUUCUCCUCCUCCUGCCAAUUCUGCGCCUCCCCUUCAGGAAGAGCCUGAGUACCUUGCCCGAUACCUCGUCGUCAAGCACUCCUGGCGGGGUCGAUACAAGCGUAUUCUGUGUAUUUCUAAUGUUUCGAUUAUUACUUUGGACCCUAAUACGCUCUCCGUCACCAACUCUUACGAUGUAGGGAGAGAUUUCGAAGGUGCUUCUCCGAUUAUUGGACGCGAUGAGAAUUCGAAUGAGUUCAAUUUGAGUGUUAGGACUGAUGGGAAAGGAAAAUUCAAGGCGAUUAAGUUUUCGUCUAGGUAUAGGGCUAGUAUUCUUACUGAGUUGCAUAGAAUACGCUGGAAUAGGUUAAGUGCUGUGGCGGAGUUUCCGGUGAUGCAUCUUAGGAGAAGGAAUGGCGAGUGGGUUCCUCUUAAAUUGAAAGUUACUUAUGUUGGGGUUGAACUGGUUGAAUCAAAAACUGGGGAUCUACGCUGGUGCUUGGAUUUUAGAGACAUGAAAUCCCCUGCUGUCAUUCUUCUUUCUGAUGCCUAUGGAAAGAAAGCAAGCGAUUAUGGAGGUUUUGUUCUUUGCCCUUCAUAUGGAAGAAAGUCUAAAGCUUUCCAAGCUUCUUCAGGGACCACCAACACAGCAAUCAUCUCGAACUUGACUAAAACUGCCAAGUCAAUGGUUGGGGUAUCACUAUCUGUGGACAGUUCUCAAACCCUGAGUAUAGUGGAGUAUAUCAAGCAGCGGGCAAAGGAGGCAGUUGGAGCAGAGGAAACCCCUUAUGGGGGUUGGUCUGUAACAAGGUUGCGUUCUGCUGCUCAUGGAACUCUAAAUGUUCCUGGAUUGAGUUUAGGAAUUGGCCCAAGAGGUGGACUUGGAGAUCACGGUGAUGCUGUCUCUCGUCAACUCAUUCUAACUAAGUUUUCACUUGUUGAAAGGCGCCCGGAAAACUAUGAAGCAGUUAUUGUUCGUCCUUUAUCUGCAGUAAGCUUGCUUGUUCGAUUUGCUGAGGAGCCUCAAAUGUUUGCUAUUGAGUACAAUGAUGGAUGCCCUAUCCACGUUUAUGCAAGCACGUCUCGUGAUAGCUUACUUGCUGCAGUUCGGGAUGUGUUGCAAACAGAAGGUCAGAUCCCAGUACCAAUAUUACCUAGGUUGACUAUGCCUGGUCAUUGUAUUGAUCCACCUUGUGGGAGAGUUCAUUUAUUAGUAGGACCACAACGUCCUACUGCUGACAUGGAAAGUGCAUCCAUGCAUUUGAAACACUUAGCUGCAGCUGCUAAAGAUGCUGUUGCUGAAGGUGGAUCAAUUCCUGGUUCAAGAGCUAAAUUGUGGCGUAGAAUAAGGGAGUUCAAUGCUUGUAUUCCAUAUAGUGGAGUUCCUCCUAAUAUUGAAGUGCCUGAGGUCACCUUGAUGGCCUUGAUUACGAUGCUUCCUGCUACACCAAAUCUUCCUCCAGAGUCUCCUCCCUUGCCACCUCCUUCUCCUAAAGCAGCUGCAACAGUGAUGGGUUUCAUUGCAUGUUUACGUAGAUUAUUGGCUUCAAGAAGUGCAGCUUCACAUGUGAUGUCUUUUCCUGCUGCUGUUGGAAGAAUAAUGGGUUUGCUUAGAAAUGGUUCUGAGGGUGUAGCAGCUGAAGCUGCAGGACUUGUUGCAGCUCUUAUUGGUGGUGGUCCAAUGGAUCCUAGUUUAUUAACAGAUUCUAAAGGAGAGCGGCAUGCCACAAUAAUGCACACGAAGUCUGUCUUGUUUGCUCAUAAUAGUUAUGUUAUUAUCCUUGCUAACCGAUUGAAACCCAUGUCUGUAUCUCCUUUAUUGUCAAUGGCUGUUGUUGAAGUUCUUGAGGCUAUGAUAUGUGAACCACAUGGUGAAACUACACAAUACACAGUUUUUGUUGAAUUGUUACGACAGGUAGCUGGUUUGCGGCGCCGAUUAUUCGCAUUGUUUGCACAUCCUGCUGAAAGUGUAAGGGAAACAGUUGCUGUGAUCAUGCGUACAAUUGCAGAAGAAGAUGCAAUUGCAGCAGAAUCCAUGCGUGAUGCUUCUUUGCGUGAUGGUGCUUUGCUGAGGCAUCUAUUGCAUGCUUUUUACCUUCCUGCUGGUGAGCGUCGAGAGGUUAGUCGACAACUUGUAGCUCUUUGGGCUGAUUCCUAUCAACCAGCUUUAGAUCUGUUGUCUAGGGCUCUGCCUCCUGGGCUUGUUGCUUAUUUGCAUACUCGCUCUGAUGGAGUUCAACUUGAAGAUGCAAAUCAAGAAGGAUCACUGAUUAGUAGGAGACAGAGACGUUUACUUCAGCAGCGGAGAGGUCAUUCUGGGAGAGGAAUUACAUCUCAAGAUCCUGUUAAUUAUGAAGUUGGUGAUCCAGUGAGGCAGGUGAAUGCUGGUGGUCUUAAAGGAUCUGAAAACUAUCAAAAAUCUGCCAUGGAUCCACUUUCUGGACAACCUUCCACUCUUCACACAGUUGAAAAUUUGACCUGUGAUACUCAUGUAGGGGUUUUGCAAAAUGAACAUUCACCUGUUUCAGCUGAUAGACCUUCAACCAGUAUACAUGAGACAGCAGAACCAGAUGUCUCUAAUUCAGUUGACUCUGAUUCUCAUGUGGCUGGUUUCCAGAACACAGGCCCUCCAGCUCCUGCACAGGUUGUUGUGGAGAAUACACCUGUGGGUUCUGGUCGGCUACUCUGUAAUUGGCAUGAAUUUUGGCGAGCAUUUAGCCUUGAUCACAAUCGUGCAGAUCUGAUCUGGAAUGAGCGCACAAGGCAAGAACUGAGGGAGGGUUUGCAGGCUGAGGUUCAUAAACUUGAUGUUGAGAAGGAGCGUACUGAAGAUAUUGUUCCAGGAGGGGUGACAGUAGAGAUGAUGACUGGGCAAGAUAGUGUGCCACAGAUAUCUUGGAACUAUUCAGAGUUCUCUGUGAGUUAUCCAAGCUUGUCCAAAGAAGUAUGUGUAGGUCAAUAUUAUCUGCGUUUGCUGCUUGAUAGUGGUAGCAGUGGCAGGGCACAGGAUUUUCCACUGCGUGAUCCAGUAGCUUUCUUUAGGGCACUCUAUCAUCGAUUUUUAUGUGAUGCAGACACAGGUCUUACCGUAGAUGGUGCUGUUCCUGAUGAACUGGGUGCAUCGGAUGAUUGGUGUGAUAUGGGAAGAUUAGAUGGUUUUGGGGGAUGCGGAGGCUUUUCAGUAAGGGAGCUUUGUGCAAGAGCAAUGACCAUUGUCUAUGAACAACAUUACUUGAUGAUAGGUCCUUUUGAGGGUACUGCACACAUUACAGUUCUUUUAGAUAGGACAGAUGAUAGAGCUUUGAGGCACCGCCUUCUCCUCCUUUUGAAGGUUUUAAUGAAGGUUUUGUCUAAUGUGGAGGCUUGUGUUUUGGUUGGAGGGUGUGUAUUGGCUGUUGAUUUGCUGACAGUGGUUCAUGAAGCUUCAGAAAGAACUGCUAUCCCAUUACAAUCUAAUUUAUUAGCUGCUACUGCCUUCAUGGAGCCACUUAAAGAAUGGAUGUUUAUUGAGAAGGAUGGUGCACAAGUUGGACCUGUCGAGAAGGAUGCAAUCAGAAGGUUUUGGUCAAAGAAAGGAAUUGAAUGGACAACAAAGUGCUGGGCGUCUGGAAUGGUGGAGUGGAAGAGAUUGCGUGAUAUCCGUGAACUUCGUUGGGCAUUAGCUGUUCGUGUUCCAGUCCUCACAUCGUCUCAGGUAGGAGAUGCAGCCUUGUCCAUAUUACAUAGCAUGGUAGCUGCUCAUUCCGACUUGGAUGAUGCUGGGGAGAUAGUUACCCCAACACCAAGGGUAAAGCGUAUCCUUUCAAGUCCUCGCUGCCUUCCACAUAUUGCACAGGCUAUGCUUUCUGGGGAACCGAGUAUUGUGGAGGCUGCUGCAGCAUUGCUGAAGGCUGUUGUUACCAGAAAUCCCAAGGCCAUGGUACGUCUUUACAGCACAGGGGCAUUCUAUUUUGCCCUAUCAUACCCUGGAUCCAAUCUGCUUUCCAUUGCACAACUGUUUGCUGUGACUCAUGUCCAUCAAGCAUUCCAUGGUGGUGAAGAAGCUGCUGUUUCUUCAUCAUUGCCUCUUGCAAAACGCAGCGUGUUGGGUGGGAUUCUUCCUGAAUCUUUGCUGUAUGUACUGGAGCGUAGUGGUCCAGCUGCUUUUACUGCUGCAAUGGUUUCAGAUUCUGAUACUCCAGAGAUUAUAUGGACACACAAAAUGCGAGCAGAAAAUCUGAUUCGUCAGGUUUUGCAGCAUCUGGGUGAUUUUCCCCAGAAGUUGUCACAGCACUGUCAUUCUUUAUAUGAGUAUGCCCCUAUGCCACCUGUGACAUACCCAGAGCUUAGAGAUGAGAUGUGGUGUCACCGAUAUUAUCUUCGAAACUUGUGUGAUGAGAUUCGCUUUCCAAAUUGGCCAAUUGUUGAACAUGUUGAGUUUCUGCAAUCAUUAUUGGUAAUGUGGCGUGAAGAGUUGACACGGAGACCUAUGGAUCUUUCUGAAGAAGAUGCUUGCAGAAUAUUAGAGAUAUCACCAGAAGAUGUCUCAAGUGAAGAUGCCAAAAAGAAGUAUUCUUUUGAGACUUCUGAGGAUAUAACUAGCAUAUCAAAGCAGAUUGAGAAUAUUGAUGAAGAAAAACUCAAGCGACAAUAUAGGAAACUUGCUAUGAAAUACCAUCCUGACAAGAACCCUGAGGGAAGGGAGAAGUUUCUUGCUGUGCAGAAAGCCUAUGAACGCCUUCAGGCUACCAUGCAAGGCUUGCAAGGUCCUCAGCCUUGGAGGUUACUGCUUUUAUUGAAAGGACAGUGCAUCUUAUACCGAAGAUACGGGAAUGUGCUGGAGCCUUUUAAAUAUGCUGGCUAUCCCAUGUUGCUUAAUGCGGUUACUGUGGACAAUGAUGACAACAAUUUUCUUUCUUCUGAUAGAGCACACUUGCUUGUUGCAGCAUCAGAGCUUACUUGGCUGACGUGUGCAUCUUCUUCAUUAAACGGUGAGGAGCUUGUAAGGGAUGGAGGGAUACAACUCCUUGCAACUCUUCUUUCUCGUUGUAUGUGUGUAGUUCAGCCAACUACUUCUGCAAGUGAACCAUCUGCUAUUAUUGUUACAAAUGUGAUGCGAACCUUUUCUGUUUUGAGUCAGUUUGAGAGUGCCAGGGUUGAGAUGCUUGAAUUAUCUGGACUAGUUGAUGACAUUGUGCACUGCACUGAACUUGAGCUUGUACCUGAAGCUGUUGAUGCUGCCCUCCAGACUAUUGCACAUGUUUCCGUAUCCUCUGGAUUGCAAGAUGCCUUAUUGAAGGCAGGUGUGCUUUGGUACCUCUUGCCAUUAUUGCUUCAGUAUGACUCAACAGCUGAAGAAUCUGACAAGAUGGAGUCGCAUGGUGUUGGUUCUAGUGUUCAAAUUGCCAAAAAUAUGCAUGCUGUUCGAGCAUCUCAGGCAUUGUCUAGACUUAGUGGUCUGUGCACUGAUGGGAGUUCAACACCUUAUAAUGCUGCUGCUGCUGAUGCGCUUCGAGCUUUGCUAACUCCUAAACUUGCAAGCAUGUUGAAACACCAAUUACCAAAAGACUUGCUAUCCAAAUUAAACACGAAUUUGGAGUCUCCAGAGAUUAUAUGGAACUCUUCAACACGAGCAGAACUAUUGAAAUUUGUUGAUAAGCAACGUGCUAGUGUGGGGCCUGAUGGUUCAUAUGACUUGAAUGAUUCACAAAUCUUUUCAUAUGAAGCACUAUCGAAAGAAAUUUUUGUUGGUGAUGUUUACUUGAGGGUCUAUAAUGAUCAGCCGGAUUUUGAGAUUAGUGAACCAGAAGCAUUUUGUGUUGCUCUAAUUGAUUUCAUAUCAUUUCUAGUUCGCAACCAAUAUCCUGUAGUUUCUGAUGCUCAAAGUAAACUUAGUUCCAGUAUCUCCUCACCUGAGACAUCAGAGAUCCAAAAUGAUACCACUGAUGUAUCUAUAAAUGGAUAUGCGCCUGAUGAUUCAUCAGCAGUCUCAGAUGGAAAAUCAUCAGACGAUGAAGAGUUGAAACUGGUCAAAAACCUUAAAUUGGGAUUGACUGCACUUAAGAACUUGCUGACGAGUAAUCCAAAUUUGGCAUCUGUAUUUUCUUCCAAAGAGAAGCUCCUACCUCUCUUUGAAUGCCUUUCUGUGCCCAUUGCAUCAGACAGCAACAUUCUUCAACUCUGCCUUGUUGUUCUUUCUCUCUUGACCACAUAUGCUCCUUGCUUGGAGGCUAUGGUUGCAGAUGGAUCUAGUCUCCUUUUACUUCAAAUGCUUCGCUCUGCUCCAAGUUGCCGUGAAGAGGCACUUCAUGUUCUUUAUGCUUUGGCAAGCACUCCAGAACUUGCUUGGGCAGCUGCCAAGCAUGGGGGAGUGGUGUACAUUCUGGAACUUCUUUUGCCUUUGCAAAAAGAUAUUCCGUUACAGCAGAGAGCGGCAGCAGCCUCAUUAUUGGGGAAGCUUGUUGGGCAGCCAAUGCAUGGACCCAGAGUUGCUAUUACAUUGGCAAGAUUUCUUCCAGAUGGCUUAGUAUCAGUUAUUAGGGAUGGCCCUGGUGAGGCUGUUGUAUCUGUGAUUGAACAGACAACAGAAACACCAGAGCUUGUUUGGACCCCUGCAAUGGCAGCAUCUUUGUCUGCUCAAAUUGCUACAAUGGCAUCAGACUUGUACCGUGAACAGAUGAAAGGCCGUGUUGUUGAUUGGGAUGUUCCAGAGCAGGCAUCUGGACAACAGGAAAUGCGAGAUGAGCCACAGGUUGGUGGAAUCUACGUUAGGCUGUUUCUUAAGGAUCCUAAGUUUCCUCUUAGAAAUCCAAAGAGAUUCUUGGAAGGGCUACUGGAUCAAUAUUUGUCCUCCAUUGCUGCCUCACAUUAUGACACACAACCUAUGGAUCCUGAGCUUCCUUUACUUCUUUCUGCUGCUUUGGUUUCAUUAUUGCGAGUGCACCCUGCACUUGCAGAUCAUGUUGGGUAUCUUGGAUAUGUGCCCAAACUUGUAGCUGCUGUAGCAUAUGAGGCAAGGCGAGAAACGAUGUCAUCAGAGGAGGUGAAACACGGCAACUAUGCUGGAAAAACAUAUGAAUCUGAUGAUGGCUCUACUCCGCCUGCACAAACUCCACAGGAACGUGUGCGCCUUAGUUGUUUGCGUGUCCUACAUCAACUUGCUGCGAGUACGAUAUGUGCUGAGGCCAUGGCUGCAACUAGCGUAGGAACACCUCAGGUUGUUCCACUUCUAAUGAAAGCUAUAGGAUGGCAAGGUGGAAGCAUACUUGCUCUUGAGACACUAAAACGUGUUGUAGUUGCUGGAAAUCGUGCACGGGAUGCACUAGUUGCACAAGGACUUAAAGUUGGCCUUGUGGAAGUACUUCUUGGCAUUCUUGAUUGGAGAGCUGGUGGAAGGAAUGGACUAUGCUCUCAGAUGAAUUGGAAUGAAUCAGAAGCAUCUAUCGGCAGAGUACUUGCAAUUGAGGUUUUGCAUGCAUUUGCAACGGAAGGAGCACAUUGUAAUAAAGUGCGUGAGAUAUUAAACGCCUCUGAUGUCUGGAGCGCUUAUAAAGACCAGAAACAUGAUCUCUUCCUUCCUUCAAGUGCCCAAUCUGCUGCUGCAGGGGUUGCUGGUUUAAUCGAGAAUUCUUCGUCUAGGCUGACAUAUGCCCUGACAGCUCCACCGUCGCAACCUGGUCAAGCAAGACCGCCUGCACCUACAACAUUUAACUCGAAUGGCAAGCAGGAUCUGUUCUCAUAGGAGCGGAAGAAUUAAUUGACUCAGUAGUUUAGAAAGCGUUAUACCUAUCUCAUCCGUAUAGUCUACUGUACAGCUUUGUUACCUUUUUAAUUCACUUACAUGCACACCUGGGGCUUGAGUUUGACAACUGAGGCAGCAUUUGCAAUUUUUCCAGAAAAUUUAAGGGGAAUUAUUUUUCAUGUAUAGGGCUACUUAAAACAUUUGUAUAUUUAUUCGGCCUAUUGCCCUAUUUGUUAUAAAUAGGUGAGGUGAUUUUUGUGUGAA